UUGUACUUAGCGUGCACGUUAGAUCAUAUUUUGUUUACCGUGGAAAGUGUGUGGGAGGUGUUAAGAUUAUGAUUAGAUAUUUAAAUUGCGUUGAAGUUAGUGUUUAUAUAGAUAGUGGUAUGUAGUGUUUUCUACGUGCGAGACUAGAUUUGGUAAAGUUUUUCGAGGCGUUAGGGUUCGUCAUCGCUAGUACAGUUUAUAUUUUAGGGCUAGUUGUCCUGUUCUGAUACAGUUUCCGUGUAACAUGUUGCUUAGAUGUUAAAUGAAGUUUGGUAAAGUAACAGUGCAGCAUGAACAGAAAAGAAAAUUAAUUGCUGAUGCAUUCAGAGUAAAGAAACGAAAGUCCGAGAUUGAAAAUGGCCAUGGACUGUAUGACCUUGGAGAGAACCUUUAUUCUAAUGAUGUUCCAAAUGACACGCAGGCUGCUGUGAAAUACCUGGCGUCAUUGUUUCCUAGGAAACUUUUUAACGAUGUUCUUCCAACAAUCGUCCUGAAGCAUCAGCUCUACAGUAUCGUUAAAGACAAAACCAUCGUUGACCGCCAGCUGAAUGAAUUGAAAGAUAGAGGGGAAAUAAGAAUGUUUCAACUUGGCUUUGCCAGUGACACUUUUGGAAUAGUCUUUACAGAUGAUUACAAAGUAAAAGCUCUGGCAGAAACUGCAGGAAAAGGAAGUUCUGUAGCAGUACAGAAGUUUUUAGAUACUGUUCUAUCCAGCUGUUCCGAUAUUAGCUAUAGUAAAGAGAAAAUGGUGACUGAACACUCAUUUCGGGAUCAAGAAAUUACUCAGCUUGUGAGCACUGGAGUGUUAACCGUGAGGGAUGCUGGAAGCUGGUGGCUUGGUGUACCUGGAAUUGGACGUUUUGUAAAAUACUUUGUAAAAGGUCGAAAAGCCAUAUUAGGCAUGAUUAGAAGAACUAAAUACAAGGAAGUCUUACAGUCAGACAUGCAAAGCAGGAAAAAGAUGUCAGAUAUAAAAUUUGGAUACGAGUAUCACAUUCACGACAUCAUUGGAGCAGGACUAGUUGACUGUGUGUCUACAUCUUCAGGAAUUUUGCUCCGCCUAGCAGACAAAUGAAAACAGGACUGAACACACUUUCUCUGGUUUCUUUUCAGAGUAACUUCAGUGCCCAGUCGCAUUUUUGUUCCCAUGAAAUGUGAAUAUUACUUUGACUUAAUUCCCACUGCACAAACAGUGUGCACCUUAUGAAUUGUACCUCUUUGGAGGGGAGUAUACAGGUUAUAAAUGAAUUGCCAAAGUGUAUGAUAUAUUACCAUAUUUUAUUUAAUGGAAGGAAUGUUACUAUAUCUUGUUAAAUAUCUUUCGAGAAAUAGUAUCUGACAAGUACCCAUCAUGGAUUAAUUCCAUUGUAUAAAUGAAUUGUAUAUGCACCUUUUGAGUCGUAAAGUUUUUGAACAUGUUUAAUGUAGUUCACAAAUGAAUUGUGAUAUUUGUGCCAUGUUUUGUUUAAUGGAAUAUUACUGUGAGAAGCCAAACCCUUUUGACUGAAAUGGUAAACCAUACCCAUAAUGGCUUAAUUCAGUGUACAGAUGAAUUGUAUAUGUACCAUGUUAAUUGUACAUUUUUGGGUGGGGUAUAUAAUACAGACUUCAGACUCUGGUGGUUAUAUCUGUACCAUAUUUUGUUUAAUGGAAGGAAUAUUACUGUGAGAAUUUUGCGGGACACUGUAUGCCAGAGCAUAACCCUCAUGGCAAGAAGUCUGCAUUUCUUUCUGAAACUCUGCUGAGAAUUUUUUGACUUUAUAUCUGAGAUGAUUGUCCAUAUUCAUAAAAUGUAGUUAAUUUCUCAAGAAAAUGUUUACCAGAAUUUUAUCAAGAGAUUGUUUUAAGACAUUGGAAAGCUUGGCAUCAAGAAAAUGUACACGUAAGAGAGGAAAUGUCCUUUUAUUUUUUACAAAACUGUUUUACACUGCUGCGGUUUAGUUUGCUCUAAAAGUUAUUUAUUGUGAAUGUAUCAAAUGUUUAACAUAAGCUGUUUCAUGUUUGCACUAUUGCUAAGAACAGAAAAAAAAAUCUUACUGGUAAGUUAUAACUUGUUUUUGUAGAACUAAUUUCCAUUUUUUUUUUUUUUUAACAAAGUUUGAUUCAGUGCCAGAAUAGUAUAUUGGAGAGCUAUGAAGCUCUAAUUUUAUUAUUAAAAACAGGCUCAUUUAAUUGUCUCAAAA